AUGGGAAUCAAUCACAUUGACUGCAAAGGCACCCGAUCUGAUUACAGCAGAGGCAACUGAGGUAGGAUAAGCUUUUCUUGGCUUGCUGAAAACUGAGAUCUGAAGAGCUGUAACUAAUGGGAUAACAAGUUUAAAGACCAAACAUCCUCUUCCAAUUCUCACCUGGUACUCUUUACUUUUGCUGUUCUCAAAAUGUGAUUUCUUUUGCUGCGCAGCCAUUUCAGAUGUAGCUUCUGCUGUCAUCAUGAUGGUCUGGAGAUGUUUUUUUUUUUUUUUUGCGUGUGUGGCUAAAUUGUUCUAAUUUGUUCAUUGUAGAUCCUGCAGGCCGGCCCCUACUUACACCAGCUUAAAUGAUACUAAGCCGUGCUAGAAACUGCUCCAGUAUAUUGCUAAUUCAUGCUGAACUGCCUGUUCUAAAUCCCUAGGGCACCUCUGUGGAGAUUUGUAUUGGAUGCACCAGUGGGCACCAUAAGACCCUUAAUGACUUACAGGAGCAUAUUCACAUGAACAUAUCAUGAAGAGGCUGCGAUCUAUAUCACGAAAAAUAUGCAAUGUCUGAUGUAGAAACAAGCAUGGGAGAAUGGCAAACUUACUGAGGUGCUUGGAGACUCAUAGCAAACAAGUUAGCUUGAGUUUUUUUUUUGCUGAAACAGACAAUUCACAAAAUUCUAGUACGGAUACAUCCAAAAACGUCAAAAGACAAUAAAUUUCGCAGCGCAUUAGGCAGCUCCUUGGAGUGGUUGGCCACGAGGCUACCCAUUUGAGAAAAUAUUUAUGAAAAUCUUUGAUGGUAUUGAGAGAAUAUUUAUGAAAAUCUUUGAUGGUAUUGUUUAGACGUUUGGCAAGCACGUCAAACACCAAGCCAUGGAUCCCCAACUGCUUUACUAAUUGCCAGGGUCAUGACUUAUGCAAUGUACCUCUUUUCAAAUUUUCAUUUAAUGCUGGAUUCAGUUGAAACCUGCAAGCCCCCUAAGAAGAAGAAGAAGAAUGAUAGCCUCCUGUUCCGUAGCUCAUUGUCCACAGGCCUUUUCUAGCAGCCGAAAGAAGGUGAAAUGGAAAAUUGAAGGCAGAGAGCCGAGCAUGGAUGUAGUUUUGCCUGAGAAGGAGAAUAAGAAGAGGAAAAGGAAAGUUUCAACCCAAGAAAUGGGCAAUUUAAGGGCGAAGAAAGCCCGUAGUCGCCUAAAACAUCAAUGUAGCAUUAGAUCGCAAUUUUGAAAUAUUCUCCUCCUUUUGCUCAAGAUGGAAGCAAUAAUAUAACCCGGCUCUAAUGCACCCACGUUCAAUGUACCACAGCUAUCAGUUGACCGUUGUAAUCGCGGUUUGCAAAUCCCAGCCGUUCAAGCCCUUCCCCUCUGCCCAAUUUCAAAACAAGUAGCCGUUGGUACAUCCCACCGUUCUUGCCUUCAAAUGAUGACUUCCCAUUUCUCCUCAAAACCAACGGUCUCCUCUUCUUAUUUAUUUAUACCUCUCCUCUCCUCUCUGUCCGCAAAGACCCUCCCCUCACCUCUUCCCCAAGAGAAAUAAGGCCCUGGAAGAGCACCAGUUACCGAAGAAAAAGCCUCAUCAAAAAUGGUAGCAGAAAAGAGAGAGAGACCGCAGGAGAAAGAGAUCAAGAUACCUGUCUUCUCUGUUCUAAAGAAGGGCAGCAUUCUGAAGCACAUCUUCCUCAAUGGCCCCGAGCCGGGAAUCGGAAAAGACGGCGAUGUCCCGAACCAAGAAGAGGAGCCGAUACUCAUCGGCCGGCACCCCGAUUGCCACAUCGUGCUCGAUCACCCCAGCAUCAGCCGGUUCCACCUAGAGGUCCGCAUAGAUCCUGCAAAGCAGAAGCUCUCUGUGAUCGAUCGAUCUUCCGUUCAUGGGACCUGGGUAUCGGGUACCAGGAUCCAACACCAUGUUCCUGUCGAUCUUGUCGAUGGGGACAUGCUGCGGCUUGGCGCGUCGACAAGGGUGUACAGAUUUCAGUGGGUUCCUCUGAGUCGUGCUUCGGAGAUGGAGAAACCCAUGGAGCCUUUGCUGGAAGAGAGAGAAGAAACCUAUCAGGAGGAAAUUCCAAUGACCUUGAAUGCUAAUUCAGAUGAUAUGUUGUCUUCGAAGCUCCAUUCAGUGUCGGAUUCCACAAACCCCUCAUCUCUUGAUGAGUUCUCUUCUUUACCAUUGCAAAUGGAAAGCCCAAGCCCAGUGACAAAAGAAUUUGAUGAGGAGGAGAGCUUGAGCUUCUCUUUUGUUGCUCCAGUGGUGGAAUCUGCAAGUUUUUCAUCAGCCACAAAUGGAGAAAAUGGAAAACUAUAUGACUUCUCUGCUGUUGGGGUACCGUCUGAAGGAGAAAAACUAAGCCUACUCGGGUUGGAGAAGCAGGCUAUGUCAUCAAGCCUCUUGUCUAGAAGAAGCAAAUCCAUUAGCCUUCUUCACAUUCCCAAUGGAAGGUCUAAAGAAAGAACAGGAAGCACGAGCUCUGCUAAGGAUAUGGAAGAAGAGAUCCAGAAAGAGGACAUUGAAGAACAGGGUGAGAGAGAAAGUUCGCUGAGAAAGGUUCUUUUUGCCGAUAUUGAUGAGAAAGAAAUAGGAGAGGCAUUUGAUUCAGAGAAGGAGAAUUCAUUGCCAAAAAUAUCAGCUGAUCAGAAGUCAAAGAAGAUCCGGAAGCUGCAGAAUUCACCUCCCAAUGUCGUCAUUCAUUUGAAUACUCAAGAAGAAGUGUUCAAUUCGGAUAAAGAGAAUUGGACGCCCGAAGUUUUCAAAGAGUUUGAAUUGAAGAGGUUCGUCUCUGCGAGUUCUGUGGAGAACAAAGAACAAGAUACAUGUGCUUUAGAUGAAGAGUAUAUGACUGUUGGAAACUCUUUCGAUCAGAAGAAAGAGCACACAAGCUUUGAGGGCUCACCUUCAGUUGCCAUCUCAGCCUUGAAUCUGGAGGAAGACAUGUUUCAAUCUGCUAGAGAAAUGAGGGCACCUGAAUCUUCUAAAGUGCAGAGAAGAAAAGAACAAAGUUUUGAGAAUCGUGUGGAAAAUGAGACAGAAGAUACAUCAGCUUCGGACAAGGAUAAUGUGAGACCUCAGCUUUCAUUUGAUCGAGUGCUUAGGAAGAACCAGAGAGACCUGCUGGGAUCUUCUUCAAUUGACAUCUCAUCCUUGAAUAUGGAGGAAAACCAGUUUCAGUAUGAUAGAGUGAAUUGGACCCCAGAAGUUUCAGGAGAUUUGAAACUAGAGGAACCGGACUCAGAGAAUCAUGCAAGAAACAAAAGAGAUGGAGACACACUUGCUUUAGAUAAAGAAAAUUCGACUGCAGAAUUCUAUUCUGAUCAGAAGUCUAAGAGCAACCAAGAUAAGCAACAACCAUUUACCGCAGCUUCAAAUGCUGAAGUAGUGUUUCAUUCAGAUAAAGAGAAUCAGACACCUGAAGUUCCCAGAGCGCAAAAAACUAAGAAGCCUAUCUUUGAGAAUUGUGAGACAAAGGCAGGAGGAGAGAACUUAUUUCUAUCAGACAAGGAGAAUCUGACCCCUGAUGUUUCAAGUGCUCAAAGAUUCAUAAAACCCAUCUCUGAAAGCCUCGUUAAAGUUGAAAGAGAAAUUAUGAGGAAAAGAGUGGAAAGGGUCCCAUUGCAGCUUAUCUUCGAUAAGAACUGUCUCACUAAUGGCCAAAGGAUGGUAGAGAAAUGCAGCAACACUUCUGUCAACUCAAUUUCAGCAAAUCAUCAUCCUGUCAACAAUACUGAGAGGAUGGAAAAUAAAAGCAAUGGUACUCUGAGCCAACUGAUGGGCCAAAUACUUAGUAAGGUGGAAGAAAAAAAGAAAUGGAACAUGGUGGUUGAUACAAGUUGCUUCCUUAAUGAAGAGUUAAAUAGAUCGCUGCGGCUAUUAGAAGGCCUUAAAGGGACUCACCUCAUCAUACCAAUGAUGGUAAUAAGGGAACUGGACUGUAUGAAACGCCAUGAACGCUGGUUUCGAAAGGAAACAAAAGCUUCUUCAGCAUUAAAAUGGAUAGCGGAGUGCAUGCUUAAGUCAAGUUGGUGGAUUCAUAUCCAGAGAUCAUCAGAAAUGACACCAGUGGCAUCAACAUGCCCUCCUUCUCCUCAUUCACUAUUAGGCGAAGGAAAUAAUGAUUUUGGGGCUGUUCCCUCAGGUUUGAUGGCAUUCUCCACCUGUGGAAGUCUGAUUGAGAUUGUCUCCCCAACAGCAGAAGAUCACAUGCUUGACACUGCCCUCCGUUUCAAGAGAAUAAAAAGUGAUGGACAACUUGUCCUUCUUUCAAACAACAUCACCUUAAAAAUUAAAGCCAUGGCAGAGGGACUGCUAUGCGAGACACCAAAGGAAUUCCGUGAUAGUCUUGUCAACCCACAUUCAAAGAGGUUUUUGUGGAAGGAAAGCAGUCCAAGAGGAUCCACUUGGUCUAGAUCAGAUCAGAUGGCCCACACUGAGAAUUAUUACCACCAAAUGCCAAACAUAAGAAAGGCAGCUGAUGGUGCAACAGGAUUGAAGCUUAUACUGCUCCACGAUUCUCAUUAUGCACAGACCAACUUGGUCAAGUAAAAUAUAAAGGUGCUCCUGUCUACCCAAACCACCAUUUUCUUUCAAGAACAUGCCUUAGAUUUGAGUGAGUUCUUCUGGUUCCAGAUUGAGAAUAUACUUUUUAAGUGUACAUGGUAUUCAUAAUAGCUUCAGCUUUUCAGAUGAGUUUUAUAUCACUUUUGAGCAGAAAUAAGUUCAUAUUAA